AUGUGCAAUGUAGUGAUUACGGGAAUGUCGGGUCGGUUCCCCCUCUCAGACACUACCGAUGAGUUCGCAAAGAAUCUGUUCUCAGGCGUGGAUAUGGUUACCGAAGAUGACAGUCGAUGGCCAUUAGGUACUUACAAUAUGUCGGGUCGGAUGGGCAAGAUUCAAAACUAUAAACAAUUUGAUUCGACAUUUUUUGGUCUAAAUGAGCAGUUGGUGGAAGAGCUCGACCCCCAGUCCCGUAUGCUAGUGGAGGCCACGUACGAGGCUAUGCUCGACGCCGGCGUAAAUCCACAGGACAUGCGGGGCUCAAACACCGGCGUCUAUUUGGGUGUCUCGGCGUACACUAUGAACGAUGGGUAUAUGGAAGACGGACAGCCGGACCUGCGCGAGAACAUGCAGGAAGCCAUGACUCACUCCAUUGCUAACAUGAAAAGUCUGUUUGCGAACCGCAUAUCGUAUGUGAAUGACUUCAAGGGUCCGUCGAUGGCUGUGGACACCGCCUGUUCGGCCAGUCUCACGGCCCUCACACUGGCCUAUAACGACUUGUUGUUGGGUAAUACGGAUGCGGCGAUAGUGUGUGGCACUCAUAUGGUGUUCGAGCCGUUCAUCAAUCAGUAUCAACAGGAGUUGGGAAUGUGUUCGCCGAGAGGUGUGUCCGCAGUAUUUGACGAGUCGGCCGACGGUUACGUCAAGUCGGAGGCCGUUUGCUGUCUGUUUCUGCAGCGCCGUCGAGAGGCCCGACGUGUGUACGCACAGGUCGUGUCCGCGCGAGUGAAUGUCGACGGGUAUAAAAAGAUGGGACUGUUUUUCCCUUCCGCGGAAUCUCAAGCAGAACUCAUGCGAAAGACCUGUAAGGCUGCGAAAGUUGACCCGACACAAGUGACUUAUGUUGAAACACACGGAACAGCCACCAAGGCGGGAGAUCCUAUAGAGGUGAAAGCGAUAUACAACGCGUACUGUGAGGGCCGGACUGAGCCCUUGCCGUUGGGGGCGUUGAAGAGCAAUAUGGGUCACUCGGAGGGCGGCUCUGGGGUCUCAGCAUUAGUGAAAGUGAUGAUCGCUUACGAGAAUGAAUGCAUUCCUCCGAACCUAAACUUCAAUAAAUUGAAAGAAGAAUUAAAGAGAUUUUUUCCACCACUACUGGCAAUCAAUGAGAAGUAUUCAUAUAAACCUGGUUUAGCGGCGGUAAAUAACUUUGGUAUAGGGGGUGCGAACGCACACGUAUUGCUCAAACCGAACCAUAAGUUGGGAACGAGUGAUGGCUUUCUAAUCGCGGAAACGAUUCCCAGAAUUGUAAACAUUUGCGGCCGAACUGAAGAUGCGGUCAAAUAUGUGAUGGAUUUCAUACAAAACAACCCAAAGAGAGUGACGAAUGACUUUUUGGCACUUUUGGCAAACACUAUGAAAUACACGCCUAAUGUUAACUCAUCGGGAAUGCCGUUCAGAGGUUCACUUAUAAUAAAGAAAGUUUUGGAAGAAAACAAUAAAAUGAAAUAUGAAUACAAGAGACAAAUGGGAGUAAUGAAAGAGAAAAGUGUGAGACCUCUAUGGCUACUGUUCCCGGGUUUGGGUGGACAAUGGCCGGCAAUGGCUAAGGCUUUGAUGCCAAUCAAGAUAUUCGCCGACAAAGUGGAAGAAUGCCAUCAAAUACUACACGAAUUCGGUGUCGAUUUGAAACACAUGUUGUUAUCAGAAGACAAGACAUCGAUGUCUACAAUGACUGCAAAGUUC